UGUUUGGACGAUCUUACGUGUCAUUCCAAGAGUUUCAGUGAUUCACAAACCUGGUGAGGACUUCUGCUGAACAAACCCAGGCAGGUUGACGUCUCCUUAUUGAUGAACUGUGUCCGCCUUGGUAACUGUUGCUAACAGCAGAAGCAUGAAGGCUCUGAUCCUGGUUGGGGGCUACGGGACCCGGCUGCGACCGCUCACCCUGAGCGUCCCCAAACCGCUGGUGGAGUUCUGCAACAAACCCAUCCUGCUGCACCAGGUGGAGGCGCUGGUCAAGGCCGGUGUGGACCAUGUGGUUCUGGCUGUGAGCUACAUGUCAGAGCUGCUGGAGAGAGAGAUGAGAAUCCAGGAGCAGAGACUCGGGAUUCAUAUCUCUCUGUCUCAUGAGAAGGAGCCUCUGGGAACUGCGGGUCCUCUGGCUUUGGCUCGAGAGUUGCUGAAUGUGGACAACGAGCCGUUCUUUGUCCUUAACUCGGACGUCAUCUGUGAUUUUCCCUUCAAAGAUCUGCUUCAGUUUCACCACAACCACGGCAAGGAGGGAACCAUCGUGGUAACGCGGGUGGAGGAGCCCUCUAAGUACGGCGUGGUGGUGUUUGAGACGGACAGCGGGAGGAUCCAUCGCUUCGUCGAGAAGCCGCAGGUGUUUGUGUCGAACAAGAUUAACGCCGGCAUGUACAUCUUCAACCCCAGCAUGCUGAGCAGGAUCCAGCUGAGACCAACGUCCAUAGAGAAAGAAAUAUUUCCAGUCAUGGCGGAGGAGGGACAGCUGUACGCCAUGGAGCUGCAGGGUUUCUGGAUGGACAUCGGUCAGCCCAAAGACUUCCUGACAGGGAUGUGUAUGUACCUCCAGUCGCUACGACAACACGCUCCUGAGAGGCUACGCACAGGGCCUGGUUUCCUUGGCAACGUCAUGGUGGACCCGACGGCGCAAAUCGGGGAGAACUGCACCAUCGGCCCGAACGUCACCAUCGGCGCCGGCGUGGUCGUGGAGGACGGCGUGAGGAUAAAGCGGUGCACGGUGCUGAAAGGGUCGAGGGUUCGGUCGCACUCCUGGCUGGAGAGCUGCAUCGUGGGGUGGAGCUCCUCAGUCGGACAGUGGGUGCGCAUGGAGAACGUGACGGUGCUGGGGGAGGAUGUGAUCGUGAACGACGAGCUUUACCUGAACGGAGCCAACGUCCUGCCGCACAAAUCCAUCAACGAGUCGGUCCCAGAGCCACGAAUCAUCAUGUAGUGUCGGGUGGAAGAGAAACUCCCGACGCCUUUUAUAUGAACUCGACUAAACACCCAAACUGUGCCAGAGAGGGGGAGAGAGAGGGACGAACAAUCGGGGGAAGAAGGAGAAACAGAAGGCCGCUUUUUGUUCCUUUUUUUAAUUGAUUUGGACUCGUUUUAGCCCUGCUUGGCUGCACCUUCCAGCAGUAAGUCAAAACAGACAACAGGAAGGUUUAUACUAGUUAUAGAGGUCAAACGCCUGAAUGUGGUGGAUGAUAAGUACGAGGGGGGAGGGUCUGAUGGUGAGCGUGGAGUUAGAGAGCGACAUGAACACUGCUGUUUAGACUCACUAUGCAUUUACACUUUGUGGACGGUUUCAGUGGACUGACGGAGCAAACCAUGUUGAAAUCAUAACUAAUGAAGCUGAGAUUUGGAUCAGACUUAUGAAACAAAAUGCAGUUUUCAUCAUCUCUAAUGCUGCAGGUUAUUAAUGGGGACAGCAGAACUGUAGCUGUGAAAAUGUGAACGUUUCAGCAAAGACGUAGGAACCAUAUUUGCAUCUCCAGCAGAUGAAUGUAAAGCCUCUUUCUCAUCACAUCCCAACUUGUAAUUUGGCCCAUUUUUAUAUAGAAACACUGAUGAGAGCUUUAAUUAGAAUCAAUGUCAGUUUUGUGUUGUUGUCUUGAACGGUUUUUGUGUACGUUCUACAGUUACUGCACAGUAAUAAAGUUUAGUUCAGCUUUAAAUAAAAAGCUGCAGUUUAUAGCACGUUUACAUAUGUUUCAGUGAGACUGCAACCACAGCGUAUUAGGGCCAUUGGAGGUACAACAACUUCUAAAAAAUCAAUAAAAAUACUACUGAGCUGAAGAAGGAGGGUAAUUUAGUAAUUCAGGUCAUAAGUUUAUGACACAAUCUUGGAAAUUGUGUCUGAGUUUAAAGUCGUGAAUGUUCUGGAGUAAACUUCUGAUGGUCUUUGAGAUUAAAGUGGUAAAUUUAUGAGGGGAAAAAAAAGACUAUUCUCAGAGAUUAAAGUUGUACAUUUACAAAGAACUUAGACAUUGUCUGACAUUAAACUGGUAAAUUUACAAGAAAGCACUUGGAUGUUCUCGGAGAUCAAUUUUUUCUGAUCGAUGAAGUAAAAAAAAAAGGAUGAAAAUUCUGAAAUGAAACAUGUAAAUGUACAAGAGGAAAAAACUCUGAUAUUCUCUGAAAUUAAAGUUUUAAACUUGUGAAAUAAAAUAGGAUAUUCUGAGAUUAAAGCCAUGCAUUUAUGAGGAAAAAAAAGCUCUGAUGUUUUCUGAAGUUUUACAUUUUCAAGAAAAAAACUUGAAUAUUUCCUGACAUUAAAGUCUGAAAUUUAUGAGGGAAAAAACAACAGCUCAGAUCUUCUCUGAGAUUGAAGUGGUGAAUUGAUGAGACUAAAACUCUGAUUUGCUCUGAGAUUAAAGUCAGAAAUGUACAAGAAAAAUAAACUUCUCUGAGAUUAAAUUUGUUUAUUUUGUUUAUUUAUUUGUUCAUUUAGUUUUUUAAGUUAGAUGUUCUCUGAGAUUAAAAUCAUAACUUUUGAAGGAAAAACUCAGAUAUUCCCUGAAAGCAAAGUCUUCAAUACACACGACAAAAACUUGGAUGUUCUCUGAGGUUUACAAGAAGUAAAUUUCAUUUUAUUUUUUUUUCCUUUAAAAAAAAAAAAAAAAGGCGUUCCUGGGCUAAGAUCACAGUGAUUUCCUUGUUGCCAGAUUUGAAAGUACAUUUGAUGAAGUCGUCCACUAAAGGAAUAAUACCUGGUAUUUCUAUUUUUUUUCCUCUUAAUCUAUAGUAAUUUAAUUGAAUCAUUUUAAUAUUACCCCCUCUUCCAGCUCAAUAAUUGUCUUUAAAAAAAAAAAGAAAAUCUGCAGUGGCCUCAGUACGCUGUAGUCGACUGCAUGUGGAAUGAUUUUGUUUCUUCAAAGACAGACUCCACUGACAAACUGGUUGAGCUCACCUUGCUGCAGUGAUGUACAGGUGUAUGCCAGGACCCUGUGACAUCACAGUGGGGGCGUGGCUACAGGUGCAGCAGAAGUUUGAGGGAAUUUAUUCCUCGGAUUAAUUCUUAUGAAAAUUCUUUAUCCCAAAGGAGACGUUGCUGGAGUUCAGGUCAUGUAUUUGUUCUCUGUACGGUGGCCAUGUUGGGACAUUUCAUUGGUCUGAGCUGGACUUCUCAGCUGUACAUCAAUUAGCUACAGCUAGCUCGCUUAGCGUUUGUUAGAACGCUCCAGUUACCCUCUGUCAGACAUCAGUUCCUGCUAGCUCCAGCUUUGUUGUGCAUUUGGCUAAAACACAACAUGCUGUGAUGUCAACCUUCAACCUUUAAGCCAAUGUGAUCAAAAAGUAUUUAAAGUACUCAUAAAAGAUGAAAUCUGGAUGUAGGCCAUCAAUAGUUUGAGAUUGUUGGUCACCAGGUUGCAUGUUUGUGGGUCAGACCGACAUGAUGCUACCUUUAUAUGGUUAAAGCCCUUCACUAAAAGGUGAUAAACAUGCAGAUAUUUAGCAUGUUAGCACACUGUUUUAACAUUCAUCUCAAGUUGAGGCUGCUGGGAAUUCACUGUUUACUAACUGAAAUGUUGGUCAGUUAAAACCUGUUAGUGACACUAGAUAAAAUUCAGAAUCACAGGAUAUGUCACAGACUGACUGAUGCAGAAUGCAACAUCAGACAUUUUAAAUGAUGUGCAUUAAUAAACAUAAAGGGAACAGUCUGCUGGAGACAGCCUUGACUCCAGAUUUGUGUUGUCCUUGUUGUAAAAACGAGACCUUUUAGUGUUAAAUCAUCGGACGCCUGAUAAAGUGAAAUAAAUAGUUUCUGGAGCUUGUCCUCGUUUCAGUCGGCUCACAGGUCAGCACUGACGAGUCUUCUACAUGUGACUCGUCCUCACUGACGGUGAUCAAAUGCAGAAGGUGGUUCAGACAUUCAGCGCCGGACUGUUGUUGUGCAGUAAGUGAUGAACUCUGUGAAAAACUCUACACAUGUAAAGGCUUUUUGUCUGAAUGAAUGAAGUCAAUUCCUGUUGUGAAGUCUUUUUUAAAAAGAGAAUAAUAUAAUCUACUGACAACAU